AAUGUUACAUAGGGUGUCUCUUCAACUGGAGUAAGAAACGUUUUUAAGCGACUUUUCAUGCAGAUUUAGCUCGUUUUAGCAAAAGUCUAGCGCAAUUUUAUAAUCUCCUUUGGCAACCCUGGCCAUCAUGAUGGAGGGGAGGAACAUGUGUCAGUGCACCUGUGACAGCCAAGGAGGGAGGUGCUACUAUAUCAUUCUUCCCUUCAACGUGAUAAUUGUCCUUGCACAUUAUUUCCCUACCAGCAUACAAGUGUUGACCUUGUGGGAAAAUACACUUAUGUACAGCUCAGGACAUCUACUAAAGGAAACAUUUCACCACAAGUGGCUUCUUCAGUCCUAAUAGAUAACUAUGGAGUAUAUAUAAUGGCAGUAUAUAUAAUAGGUAUAUAUAAUGUCACAGCAUCAUGUUACUCAUAGUAACGUGAUUUUUCAGGUGUUUUUACACUCGUUACUCUAACAGUGACCCUAUUUUAACUACAAAACCCACUGGAUAAUUAUCACGAGGCGUUAUAAGCUGUUACAAAUAUUUCGUAAUGUCAUAAUAGACCUUUCAGACUCAUUAUCCUGACAACUCAAAAAAAAAAAAAGGGAAAAAAAUGUGUGCAUGAGUGAGAAAAUCUAUUUUAAACUAAAACCAAUUGUUCAACCUUGCAUGGACGCUAACAUGUGUAUAUAGUGGGAGAGAUGAGACAUACACCAGUGAUAUGAGUACCCAUGAGGAUAUUUUGUGGUGAGUGAUGAGUAAUGAUGGUGUCAGGUGGGCGUGGGUGGGCGGGGGUGCUGCUGCUGCUCGUGGAUGUCUUCUCUACAUUGUACACCACCCACGCACACAUACCAGCGGACGAAGAUGAGAAGAUAGAAGCGACGCCGGUAGUGGUCAUGCCAGGCACCUCGUCCACCACCACACACCUGGUGGGGUUCCUGCGUCUCCAGCCAGAGGGUAGCGGUGGCUAUGAUACAGGCAGCUGGAGAAGCACUCAUGAUGGAUCUCCAGGAACUACCAGCACUCAAGAUGGAGCUACUGGGAGAACCAGUACUCGCUGGAUGGAAGGCAGUGGUGCAGGCAGGAUCAAGAGGGAAUACAGCCUUGAGGAUUUUCUCGUAUGGAUUCCCUCAGGUGACGGGCCGACAGAGGAAUGGCAGCAUCGUCCCCGGGACACGUCGUGGAUGAAGGAUGGCAUCAUUACCACUACUGUCUACACAACCGUCUACACUACUGUCUACACUACCGUCCUCCACCCCUCCCUCAUCACACCCGCCCCCUCCUCUGUCACCUCCAUCCAUCUCUCCACCAAGUCUCCUGCGGACCUCACUGCAGCUGUCAACACCUCCAACACAGUUGCAGAUAAAGGUGCAGGGAAGGAGCUUGGGGACGUCUCAGGCGCUGCCUCCAUAUCUGAUGGACAUGACAACUGUGGCAAUCAGACAAACCCAGAACGACCUCAGAGUGACUACCCACAAUCAGGAAGUAGCGGGAACCAGCUGCAUAAGACAUUGGAGAAGCACAAAAACACUCAGCAAGAGGCAGAGAAAACCAAUUACAUAACAGUAACGCGGACGAUCAAAACAUCACCUCCAACCUUGUAUACGACCUUCCCGCCGUCACUCACUACUGACCAUUUCACCCACUCUCUCUACGACGAGACCGACCUCGUCCGUCCCUCCAUAGAGUAUCCGGGGCCGUCGGUAACCUUUACUGUACCAUCUGCUACACCUGUCCUCUCCUCAACAUCUCCUCCAGGUACGGUGGUCAGCAGCAGACCAACAAUAAAAGUCACGGCAAUCAACACUGAGCCAUCUUCCUCCAGUGAAGUUUUCGGCAUGGUUGCGCCUACGGCGACCCUCAGCGGAGGCACUGGAAUCUACCCACACAAAGAAGUAAAGUUCACUCCUGAACUGACAGACCCCCAAGUAACCACAGACAUGUCUAACAUGUUGAAUGACAUAGAACAUUCAAGGCCAGGGACAUCAGUGGCUCCGAUGACAGGCAGCUCGGUUGAGGUUGAGGGAUCUGGAAAUGCGACUGAAAACAUUACUCUCCAUAUUACCACUGAGAGAGAGACAAAAAGUCCUGGAGUGUCUGGGAAUAAGGAAGACGCUGAAGCUUGCAUUAAUAGUGGAACUGAGGUUAAAACGCAAACCGUAGAUGAUUUUAGUGGUUUUGUUAAUGAAACUGAAAGCAGCGCAAGAAUCCCUGAUAUUGAAGGAAUAACAGAAGCCACUGUCGGCGUUAAUUUGCAUGAAACAACAGACACUAACCUGUAUGUUCCAGUGGAGGAAAGCACAAAAGUUGCAACAGAGGCGCCCUCGGGCCUGGAUGAGUCUCGAGGCGCCAAGGCAGAGGUCCACACCCUCGACCCCACCGUUGAUGUUGCUGCUACCACGCUAGUCCUCUUGCUGCCCCCAACACAACCAGAUAAUCAACCUUCCGAUACUUUUCACCCUCUCUUUGAAAGAAACUCUACCAUCAUCCACGAAAUAGAGUUGUUUGACUUGACAACACCUAUGUCUAGCUACAAUGACUCUGUGCUCUGUGACAGAGAGCAAGACAGUGAAGGAAUCACAAAUGGCACGUCUGACAGCGAUUAUCCCGGUUUUGUCCUCGACGAAAGUGACUUACUUUCUAAUGCAUCAGAUGGAACAAACGUUCCAGAUCACUAUCCCAGUGGAGAUAUAGAUGGAGGUACUGGCAGUAAAACAACUGCGAAUGGGUCAUCUGGUGUUGAUUAUACCGAGUCAGUUGAAGAAGGAAUUGACUCAUUUUAUAAUGAAUCUGAUAAUAAGAACCAGACCAUGGUAUCAAACCAAGAUAUAGGAGAUGGUGGGGAUGAAAUUUCAACCACGAAUAAUUAUCCUUCAAUUCCUACCAUUCCAGAUUAUGGAUCCAGUACCCCAGAAGGAAUGACCACAAUGAGUGCCCCAAGGUUCACAGUCACAUUGGGAAGCGUCCCGGAGCUCUCAGUCACAGCUGAGAGUGUGGACUCAUCACCCACAAGUCCUAAGGACAAGGGCUUCCAUGUCCCUGACACGUUAUAUAACAUUACAAUCUCUGAAGAUGCUUUUGGGGAAACUCCUGCCACUACCUCUCCAAAUUUCAUACAUUUACUGAGUGAUAUUGGUAAUACAUCCAGCUCGGCAAACAGCUCAGAGGAAGAAAUGUAUAGCGUACCAUUCUGGACUGGUGAUUUUGACAUUAACGCCACUUUCUCACCACCUGUGAUAGGAGAUGAUAAUGUGAAUGGAACGGCAGAUAACAACACUAUUUUAAUUAUAUUGCCUGAUGAAGGACCCUACGUAGAUAAGAGUGACUCGGAAGGCUCAGGUAACAAAGAAGGUUUAGGAGGAGGGCAAGAGGAAGCGGUAAAAGCUGGCAAAGAGGAAGUGGAAGUUUCACAGGUCUACCACCCAUCAGACAGACCCACAACUUCAUAUCCUAGUGACAACAAUGAGGGUACAUCUCUGACAUCACCUUCCAGAACAGUGACACCACUAUCCUCAUCUGGAGUGGAGACAUCCACAUUCUUAGUCAUCAACAGUUUAAUCCCAGGCAUAUUGGAACCUUCACUUUCUCAGCCAGAUGAUGCUCCUGCCACAAUGAGUACUGCUGAAGGUGGACCAGGAACUCUUAAUCCUCAGGUAACACCAGGUCAGGACUUACUCACUGAUGGAAGUCUGAUAGGUACCGAGAAUGAUACACAAGUGCUGACCCUGGUUUCGUCGGACAUUGGAACAACAGAAACUGUAGUGGUGUCAUCGGUGGCUUAUUCAUCCUCGCAGGAAACUCCUACCGAGGAUCUUAAUACCACUCCUUCAGCGUUCGUGACAUUAGUGACAGAGAAACAACCAGACACACUUGUGUCGUCUGCAACAUCAGGCGAAGCGUCCACACCAACACAACCGUCUUCCAUAGAAAUUGAUUUUCCAGUUUUGACACACACUAGCACUCCUGUAACCUCGACCACAGCUACACUGGUCUCCGUCACUGUCUCUUCGACCUCUGGAGAACAGAUAACAUCUACCCCGAGCACAACAACUCUUCCUGUCCUCCACACUGUAGAGUCUGUCAGUGCAACCAUUACCACUGAGAAAAGUCCUUCAACUUCACCCCCGGGGACCAUUCCAAGGACCCCAUGGAUGACGGAACCAACUACAGGACCCCAACCCAGCCCACCAAGUCCCAGCAACAAUGCGACAGUGCCACUGGAUCAACGGUACUGGAUUCGGACGGUGCUGGAGGGGGCACCCACUGAAGACAACUCUCACCUCUAUUGGAUGACUAUUGAAGCCAAGCUCUCCGAUGUGUACAGGAUGGCCUACGGGCGGGAGGUAGCCAGACUGCUCUCCAGAGGCCAGGGUGAGAACCAAAACAAGUUAUACAGCAAAGACAUAAGUAUGAUAGCCCUGACCACUGAGUCACCAGGCACUUACACUACAGAUUCAUUUGAGAAUUACACAACCAUCAUUGCCAGAUUGAAGAGGGAUGCACCUGACUCGCUGAAUACCGCUUCUACACAGACGACUGUGAGACCUGAGGUACACAACGACAUUUAUGCCAUAACCAUACCCAAAAGAUUCCAGACAGCCCCAGGACUCCAGCGGGUUAGAGUAUUAGUCCCUAUUCUCACUGCAAAGAAAAAAAAUGAGAAGCCUGCAAGAAAAGAAAAGCAAAGAAUAUUGCAUACACUGAAGCCCUUUUACGAUGUUUUCACUGACCAUGGAGGAAACCGCAAGCAAAUCUGGCACCGAAAAUACGAAAAACAACACUGGGCUUAUCCGCAUCGUCCAGCCUCGCCUUAUAUUUCAGCCAGAGUGCGCACAAGACGUACUGUCAUUGAAAACGUGAAGGUGCGUCUCCACAAUGUUACUUAUGACAACACAACCAACCUGACGGAGCUGGUGUACACUGUGUUUGACAGUGAGGAACCCAUACUGGCCAGAGAUGCUGUUAACAGAAUGUCCAAGGUUGAUGACAUGGAAAUGGCUGUAAUACUGGACCAAGUGGUCAAGAUCAAAGCUGAAGAAUACCUGCAGAGCCCAUCAGCCACGCCUGAUGGGGUGCUGGUGUACGGGAUCAUUGGAACGGUGGUGGGAGUAGUGAUGCUGCUGGUAUUCCUCUCCUGGCUUAUUAUUUUCCUCUACAAGAGAAGCAACAAGAGAGAAGAGCUCCACCCUGACUCCGAGGCGCCAUCACCAAGAAGCCAACUGAGUGCCAAUGCCUACUCGGGUCAUGUCAAUUUGGCCUUCUCUUCUAGUCCCGGAGAUGAGAAGAUGGAGGCAGAGCCACUGCCCUCUACCUCCCAUGAUUUAGAUCUUGACCUGGGACCUGCCUCUCUCACAGGGUCACACGACAGUCUUAUCAGCAAAACCAAACAAGGUCCCUCGCUAGGGCCCUCUAAAGCCCGCUCCCGUCGACGUCUCCAGCAUAACCAGGAGAAGGUGGGAGUCCAGGAGAAAGACAGCAAAGAGGACGGUGGCCAUUCUCGAGUCCCCACACCCAUGGAAGAUUAUGACACCACCGAAGAUGAAGAUGAGAUGACAGAUGGCCCCAAGCGGCGACCAAAGAGCAGCAUACCAUGGCGACGUGCUGGCAGACAUGUGGGACAGGCUAUAACUGAAGAACCUGUCUACAGCUCUCCUAACCCAGUCAGCAUUCAGUACAACCCUUCACACUCCACUUACUCAAAGUAUGACACCACACACUCUGAGCUCACCUCAAGUGAUGUACAUUAUGACCCCACCCAUCAGCUGAUGGCUAACACAUUGCACAGUGCUAACAUGUUCACCCAUAAGGACCAGGGCUCUGUCUUUCUACCACCACCACUCCUGCCACCACCCAAGGGCUUUGGCAAGGUUCAUGACUCUCCCUUCAUUCCUGGGACAUCCCUGCCUCGCUUCCUUCCCCCGCCACGUCUCCACAAACUGGUGCCGAAUAUACCAGGACAGGGAAUGCCCUCUCAGAUCGAAGCAUAUAACUAUGACCCUGAGGCACCACCCAUCCCUCCCAGGAAUUACACGCGAGAGGAGGCUGGCCUUCCCCUGGUAAAGCAUGGUGUGAUGUCCCCUCCUAGGCCUCACAUGAAGGAUGCUCAGGUGGAGGCACACGUGGAGAGUGAGACUCCUGGGCCCACCACCUCAGCGGAGGAAAACAAAUUCCUGUGUAUAGGAGUGGAAGUCUCUGAGGGUGAGGGAGGUCGUCCAAGGUCUGCCACAGCUGUCCACACCUCGCCCCCAGCUUGGAGGGACUCCCAGGUGGUAAGUGUGGUGCCCCUGGAGGAUGGAAGGUCACCAAAGUCUGCUUGGGGAGAUGGAAUUGGCCGCAUUAGUGCGCGACCUGGUAGUGCUCGGCCUGCAAGUGCCCGUCCUAGUAGUGCUCGACCUGGUAGUGCUCGACCCAAUAGUGCUCGUCCUGGUAGUGGUCGCAGUGCUAGAAGCAUCACCCCAGUGAAUCAUCCACCAUCUCCUGAUCGACCUGACGGUGGGGCAGAAGAACCACUGGAUCCGGAGACUGGGCUUCGCUCCACAGACCCGGCUGUACCACUCAUCAGAGCCAUCAAGGAGGAAUUGCGACGCUUUAAAUCUUCCAUUAGUACAGAGUCCUCCACAGCCUGAUGCAUGUGAAAGAGGGACUCUGAUAAAACCCUGUGCAGGAGAAAAAGUGUCAGGCUCAACUCGGUUGCAAGGUAGUUUCCGCCCACACAUUCCUCAAUCAUAUCAAUGUAGUCUACCAAAAUACUGUAUAUAUUUUUGCGCCAAAUAUGUAAAGUUAAUGCAAAAAAUUCAAGUGUUCUAGUACAGUAAUAUAAAAAUUGUGAUAUCAGGAAAUGUUACCAGCCAAAGAAAUGAAGCUUCUCCAAGAUAAGCUGUGAAUCUUUAGUUUUCACUAUUUAGUUUGAUGCAACACUAUCCUUUAAAUAUGAAGAGAUUAACUUCUUUGUAAGUUAAUUUUUUGGCUGAUAUUUAUUGCCCUUAAAAUGUGUAAUAGUGAUUUUGUCUCGUACCACUGAUUUUUUCAAGUUAAAGAUGCAUCUUUCAGUACUUGCAGGUGCUGAAGGAACCAAUGCUUCUCCCAAAACACUUAACCAUGUAGAAUAAACAUCAUAAUGUGACAGGAACAUUUCAUAAAUUGGAGGCAUAUCUUUCAAACAUGUUUCAGUCUAAAUACAAAUCAAAAUAUUUAAAGAUCCAUUUCCAAUUUAUGGGUUAGUUGUGUUUAGAAAAACACGUAAGCAAACACUAGGACAUAUAUAUUAGAAAACGUUUUGGUCCUGAGACCUUGACCACUUCUAGCAUAGAGGUUAAAAGACAGUACAUGUAUAUAUAGGCGGAGAGUGAGAUAUGAGUGACGCAAGGCGACCUGAAGAACGUCAUUGGGAUGAGGAUGGGUAGACGAUGAGAUCAUGCGACUCCUGUGUUGCUCAUCGUCUACCCAUCCUCAUCCCAAAAUGACAUUCUUCAGGUCACCAUGCAUCACUCACCUCACUCUCCGUCUAUAUGUACUGUCUUGUAACCUAUGUUAAGUGAUGAAGGUCUCAGGACCAAAAUGUUUUCUAAUAAAUAUGUUCUAGUGUUUGCUUACGUGUUUUUCUAAACCAACUUGUCUGUAUUUAUUACCAGGGUUUAUACCAUGGGUAAGUUGUGAAUUUUAGCCAAGUGUUUUUAUGUAUAACAUUAAAAAGUCUGAAUAGUAUAAGUGACAGUUUUCAAGCAAACAGUUGAUUUCUUUUCUGCUUCAGCUCAAUAACUCUUUUUAUUUAAUUAAAUAGGUAAUUGGUUAUUAUUUGCAAAGAAAUGUUACACAGUGCAGACACUUGUGAAGCUAGAAUACAUAAUUGAAAAUUUUUCAAAGAUUAUUUUGACUAAUGAUAAAGGUGCCACGUCUGCACCAUUGAAAUUUACAGAAAAAGACUAAAUAUAGAAAACAUACUAGCUGCAGUAUUUGUGUUUAUUUGCCAGUUGCCUCUUGAAGAAAGAUAUAUAAAUCUAUAUGAACCAAGUGCUUGAACUUGCCUUACUGUAGAGGAAGAGGCAGCUGUAAGUGUAUUGUCCUCAGUGCUCUUCAGUGCAUCACUGCCAAGUUAUAGACAUGAGGCUGGGAACGAACAUAUCGGGACCAAGCUAGAAUGAUGUUUGACAAAACAGUAGUUAGACUGUAUCAGUAGAAAUGAAACUAUGGCAUUUCAACUUCAGGAGUCAAAGUGCUGUUAUAAACAGAUAGUGAAGACUGUCAAUUUUAUUAAAUAACCUUAUAUCUAAUACAAAAAUGAGACUUAUUUUGUUUACAUACAGCAGUGUUGAUUUUGUUUUAAAUAUGUAAUUUAAAAUCUAGAAAAAAUUACCUUUCAUUACCUACAUUAACAUUUGGAUAUUCUUUACUAGUCUGCUACAUUUAAUAAAUAUAUCAUGAAAUCUAUUUAAAUAGGCUAUACAUACUAUUAAUGUUAAUUUGUAAACUUUACUUUUAAAGACUAUUUAAUAUUAAUAUAUGUACAAAAUAAUUAUUGAUGUAUAAUAAAUUAUUUUGUUAAAAGUUUUAGUAAGAUUUUUGAGUUUGCUUUCAUUUUUAAUUACACCAGAAUUUUGUGCCAAAUAUAUUUCCUUUGUUCCUACCUUUAAUAGAUAGACUUCUGUCUUUUCUAGUAAUAACAGAACCAAGAGAAUAUCAAGCAAAAUAAAGAAUUGGUUAAUAUAGCAAGGAACUGCUGGUUAUAUAACCACAUUAAUGAAAUUCAAUAAUAUUACAAUGUAUAUGCAAUACAGUGUGCAGUAAUAAAAAAGUACAAUACUGUAGUAAUAAUAAUGGGUUUGAGCUGUAUCUCAGUUGACAAUAUUGUAGAUGCAAUCAUUGUACAAAUUUAUAACAUGUUCAGCAGAUGUAGGUGAUUUUGUAGUCAAAUCUUAUUAAAUAAAAUUCAACAGAACUCAAAAUACUACGUAUUUACAUUCACUUGCCUUAGGUAUAUUCUGUAAUAAUUAUGAAGUCGGUCACUAUUUCAACUCUUCGAAUGAUAGCAUGAGUGUUAAGGCAAAGUUUACCUGUACAUGUAUAUAAUAAGCAAUCAACCUGUGACAAAUCGGUAUUUAUAAAAACAGUUCAUUACUACUUGUUUAGCUAACAAUAUUGAGACCCAGUCCCUGGUCUCGUGUGCCUGUGUAAUAUUUUGAAUACCAACCACUGCUUGGAUAUGGAUACAUAAUAAAACUAGUAAGCCAAUGUAGAAGACAGGUACCAUAACAUUUAGCAUCUAAGUGCCACCUUUGAAGGAGAUAGCAGUAUACAAAGGUUAAGAACUACUGUUAGGUCAAUUGGGACUGAUGAUCAUUAUGCUGCUGGUAGACCAGAUUAACUUCAACAUAAGUUACAACAGCCUAGUUGAUGCCAGUCACCCAAUGAAUAGUUACUACUAAAAAUUGAUGAACUGUUCAUUUAUUUUUAAUAUGCUUCACCACAUCAGAGACAUUUAUUUUAUUUAAUCACUGAUUUUCUAUACCUACGUAUUAUAUUGACGAGGAAGUCCUAAACCAGCAGGGGGUCAUCCAGUGCAUUAGGAAUGAGAAUUAAUCAGGUUUCAUCCAAGGAAAGGGGAGGGAGCUUCAAUUCCGUGGAUUAAGAACCUGUACUCCACUUUAUUAUAGUGUUUGUUUUAGCACCAAGGCACUUCUCCCUCUUUUCGUAUCCUUUAAGGUAAAUUCAGCUACGUAAACCCACCUUUAUACACUUCCAUAUAGGUAUCUUUUCAUUAGAAUUACUUUUAAAUAUGCAUAAUCCUUUCUCCCCAAGUAAGUUAGUUUAUUCAGGUAUACACAAAUACAGUUACAUAGAAUUGUCAUACAUAGCAGCAUAUGUGUAGAGAACCUAGGAUAACCCAAAAAAGUCAGACAGUGACUUAUUUCCAUGCAUUUGCUCUCCAUCUUCUGCUUGGAACAUUAGCAUAAGCUGCUGAAUGCAUUUGUAACAUGUAGUAACAACUAGUGAAGUGUUAUAUUCAUCUUGAAACAGCGUCCUUGCAUAGAUCUUAAUUAUUAUAAUCAUAAGGCACUAAAUGCACAAGGGUCACACAGUGCUAUCAUAAGUCUUAAAAGUGGUAAUACAAAGAGAAGGCCCCAAAUAAAAACAGUAAUAAUAAUGAGGCUUCAAAACAGUCUCCUAGUCUCCCAUUUCAACCCAACAGCCACCCCAAAGUCCGACCCCUUCCAGUCCAGAAAUUCUGAUGAUGCCCCUGGGUCUUGAGCCAUACGAUGAUCUGUUUAGUGGCUCCUUGAAGUUGUCUUUGGUGUUAAAGUGAUGCAAAAUAUUUUUUAUUUCUUUAUACAGUACAAAUGUAGUUUGCAUGUAAUAAGACAUUACAUUACCUGGAGUAUACCUGGAGAGAGUUCCGGGGGUCAACACCCCCACAGCCCGGUCUGUGACCAGACCAGGUCAUUGGUAGACAUGAAAGAAAACCACUAAUUAUGCAAUGCAUUUCAGGAAAACUAACCAUAAGGCUUAAAUGUUACUUAAGAUCUAGACAUUAUUAAGUAGGACUUAUGUAAUUAACUACAAUCAUAAGUACAAUAAAAAAGGUACCUAAUGAACAAAUGGUUUUGUUAAUGACGUUGUGGUUGAAGCUUGGUGAUUCUGCCCCUACAGUAACUGGAGCCUUAUAAUUCUAGCCCUGUACUUGGGGUGCAAUGAUUCUGCUCCUAUGGUCAAGGCCUGGUGAUUCUAACCUUUGGCUGAGGUGCAGUGAUCCUGGCCCUAUGGCUAGGGCUUAGUGAUUUCUGCCCUAUUGUUGUGGCAUGCUGAUUCUGCCUCUAUGGUAAGGGCAUGCUGAUUCUGUCCUUAUGUUUGGGUCAUGCUGAUUCUGUCCCUUUUGCUGGGGUGCAGAUGAUUGUUGCCUGAGAAUCAAUAUGUCUUUGGAGUGCAGAAGACUGCAUUUGAUGGUGUCUCUUGUCUUGGUAUACAGAAAUGAUAUAGUGAAUUACUGGCAACAAUGAAUUGUUUCUUACUUCCAGAAUACAGUAAGAGUGAGAGACUUCCCAUCACUCCAACAAAACAACUAUUCCAGUGGGACUACCUGACCCGAGCCUGAAGAUAACGGUCAAAAGUGAAAAUUAUCCAAAGAGAAUGUGAAAACGUAAAGCAUUAUUACAAUCAAAACCAAGCGCUAAACCCACAAGUCAUACAGCUCUCCACAAAUUAUUUGUGGCUGCAUAUUCAUGCUGAAUUUUAUAACUAACUAGUAAAUGUGCAUUAGUGGUGUCUGUACACAUGUCUCAUCUGAUCUAUCUAGUGUAUGUAUACAUUUAUGGUGUAUAAUAUAGUAAUAUUCUAGGAAGUGCAUAUAUUUUGUGCUUUUUAAGACAAACAAGUCAAUCUGCCUUAAGAAAAGAUCUUUUCAAAAAAUUAUCCUAUACAAUGAUAUAAAUUUUAUUUAAUGUACAUGGUACAAAAAAUGUCAAGUUUUGAGCUAAAGAAAAAAUUUAAAUCUUGCCCAACUUUGCUAAAAUUCACCAAUAUAAUUUAACUUAAUACUACCAAGCCUCUCUUAUUUCAGCCUAAAUUUAAUCAACACCAGUCAAAUAUGGUAUAUUCAGACUGAUUUUUUGCCGAUUAUUAUAGUAAAAAAGAAACGCUAAACCUAUAAGGGUCAUACAGUGCAGGAUUUUUUGCUGAGUUAUUGUAACACUGAAUUUGUUUGCAUUAUAAGCUAGUAUUGUAUCUUGCACUUAAAAUGCAUGACAAAUACAUGUCACAUCUGAUAUAAUUAGUUAAUUUGUACAUAUGUAAUGUCAGAUACUUUUAAAGGUGUUUUUGUACACUUUUAAAAAUCUGAAAAUUGGAUUUUGAAAUGAAGGAAGUAGAUGGCAAGGUAGACUAGAAAAAAAUAAACUGUUUAUUACUUUGAUUU